AUGUCGACAACAACAGGAGCGUUCAUCGCGGGAGGAAUCGCAGCAUGUGGAGCUGUCACAGUGACCCAUAGUUUUGAAACAGUCAAGAUCCGACUACAACUGCAGGGAGAACUACAAGCAAAAUCCGAAGCGGUCAAGAAAUACAAGGGUGUUUUCCACGGUGUCAAGGUCAUCUUACAGAAUGAGGGUCCCCGUGGGCUGUUCCGAGGCAUCGGUUCCGCUUACAUCUAUCAAGUGUUGCUCAAUGGCUGCCGUCUAGGAUUCUACGAACCCCUGCGCAAAACUCUCACAACGUCGAUCUAUCAAGACGCCCAAGUCCAGUCAUUGGGUAUCAAUGUCUUUGCUGGUGCUGCCUCAGGUAUCAUCGGUGCUGCUGCAGGUUCUCCGUUCUUCCUUGUCAAAACUCGUCUGCAGUCUUUCUCGCCGUUCCUUCCAGUUGGUACGCAACACAACUAUCGCAACUCGUUCGAUGGACUGCGGAAGAUCUACACUUCUGAGGGAGUAGGCGGGCUAUACCGUGGUGUUAAUGCAGCCAUGGUCCGGACAGGUUUCGGCAGCUCUGUCCAGCUGCCCACCUACUUUUUUGCUAAGCGUCGCCUGGUCAAGCAUCUGGGAAUGGAAGAUGGCCCCGCUCUUCAUCUUGCCAGUAGCACGGCUUCUGGGUUUGUCGUAUGCUGCGUCAUGCAUCCUCCUGACACUAUCAUGUCGAGAAUGUAUAACCAGACCGGUAAUCUCUACAAGGGCGCAUUGGACUGUUUAUUCCAGACCAUUCGUAAAGAGGGUGUACUUGCUAUUUACAAGGGCUAUUUUGCUCAUUUGGCCCGUAUUUUGCCUCACACUAUCUUGACCCUCAGCUUGGCCGAGCAGACCAACAAGCUCAUGCGCAGAGUUGAGGACCGAUUUCUCUCUGACUCCAUGAAAGAAGCACUGUGA